UAAUGGGUUGAACCUAUGCACAUAUGUGUGUGCAUACACUGGCCAAAAUCAGGUCAUGUAUAUUUUUAUAAAAAGUUUUAUCCAGAUUAUUUAAAAGCCAAAUCAGAUAGUACCAUCGUAGGAGCACUAUUUGAGCUUUUAGAUGUUGAUUAUUUUCUUUCUUGUGUUCUUUUGACUCAGAUAUGGCCAGUUUUAUCCGAGACUCUAAAUAAACACCGGGCUGAUAAUCGGAUUGUAGAGCGUUGUUGCAGGUGCCUUCGCUUUGCUGUUCGCUGUGUAGGCAAAGGUUCUGCAGCCCUGCUGCAACCACUAGUCACACAGAUGGUGAAUGUAUACCAUGUACAUCAGCAUUCCUGUUUCCUGUACCUUGGCAGUAUCCUUGUUGAUGAGUAUGGCAUGGAAGAAGGCUGUCGGCAGGGACUUCUAGACAUGCUCCAGGCACUGUGCAUCCCUACCUUUCAACUCCUGGAACAGCAGAAUGGUCUCCAGAACCACCCUGACACUGUAGAUGACCUGUUCAGGCUAGCUACCAGGUUUAUUCAGCGUAGCCCUGUCACCUUACUGAGGAGCCAAGUAGUCAUCCCAAUCUUACAGUGGGCCAUUGCCUCUACUACCCUGGAUCACCGGGAUGCCAACUGUAGUGUCAUGAGGUUCCUACGAGACCUCAUCCAUACAGGGGUAGCCAAUGAUCAUGAAGAAGACUUUGAAUUACGAAAAGAACUAAUUGGACAGGUGAUGAACCAGCUUGGACAACAGCUUGUAAGCCAGCUGCUCCAUACAUGUUGCUUUUGUCUCCCCCCCUAUACCUUACCAGAUGUGGCUGAAGUGCUCUGGGAGAUCAUGCAGGUUGACAGACCGACCUUUUGUCGAUGGUUAGAGAAUUCUUUGAAAGGUUUGCCAAAGGAGACAACUGUGGGAGCUGUUACAGUGACACACAAACAACUUACAGACUUCCACAAGCAAGUCACUAGUGCUGAGGAAUGUAAGCAAGUUUGCUGGGCCUUGCGAGACUUCACCAGAUUGUUUCGAUAGCUCACACUCCUGCACUGUGCCUGUCACCCAGUGGAGCUUUUUUGGUUGGUUUGAAAUGGAAGGCCUGGGCCCGUCAUUUGGCUUUUUCCUGAUGCCACCCACACAUCCCUGUUUCCACAGUCCAGUCAGCAUUGGAGAUGCACUCAAGCAGCAUUUCAUUAAAAAGCCAUGGAGGACGAAGAAAGAAGGAGAAAGAUUGAAAUCGGCCGAGCGCUGCUUGCCGAGUUUCGACAAAGAAGAGCUCGAUUGGAUGGACAAAACCCUCAUAAGAAGCCAAAAAAGAAGAAAACCUCAAGCAGUAAAAAUGAUGUUCAUGGCUUGAAUAUUGAUCAACCAAAGAGUGAGGAGAUGUUGAUAAAUAGUUCUCAGGGUGUUGGAUCAGCCGUGAUGCCUGAAUCCACAAUAAUGAGAACUCUAAACAAUGAAGAAAUGCUUAAGCAUGAGCAGGUCUUUUCUUUUGAUCCGGAAAGUGAGAUUUCAACCACAGCAGAUGAUUACACUUCGGAGGUAAGACUAACAUAUCCCAAUUAAAAAUGUCAUAGAUAAAAUUGAUAUUUUUUUGAAAUUAUUGAUUGUUGGUACUUUAUUUCUUAUAAAUUUAUAUGCUUCUAUAUAUAUUUAAUAUAAGUUAACAUAAUGUAAUAUAAAUGGAUUGAAAAAAUUAAAAUUAUAUUUUACUGCUGUAUCUUUUUCCAGUGGUUAGCUAAAGUCUUAACUGUUUGAAUUCCUUAAUCCUUAAUUACAUAGCAGCCCUACUUUGGUUUUUAGGAAAGUUGAGCCUGCAUUUCUAGGAUCCAUGACCAUUUUAAGAUAGCCAUUUAGCACAGUAAAAAUUUUAUAAUUAGUAUGAUUUUUAUAGUAAUGCUUUUUACAAAUCUUUGAAUACUUGUGUGUGUGUGUGUGUGUAUAAAUGUUUAUUGGAAUUAAUGUUGCUGUAGUGUUGUGCAUGCGUGUGCAUGCGUGUGUGUACGUGUGUGUUACUGGGCAUUGAACUCAGGGCCUUGUACAUGCUAGGAAAGCACUUUGUCACCAAGCUACAUUCCCAGCCCUUUUUCAGUUUUAUUUUAAGAUAGAUUCUCACUAAGUUGUCCAGGCUAUCUUUGAACUUGUGAUCCUCCUGUCUCAGCUUCCUGAGAAGGGAUUAACGGUGUGCAUCACCAUGCCUGACAAUGAUGAUUUUUAUUUUAGGUGAUAAACUAUAAAAUAGGCAUUGGUCUCUUAAGAAAUACCUGCCUUCUUUAUAUGUUUGCAAUAAGUAUCACUUUGUUAUCUUAUUCUUUUUAGAUAUGAUUGUCAUUUCUUUGCUCCUAAAUUUAGAGUACAUGGAAAAUUAUUCUUUACUCUGAAUGUUAAAGCAACUUAGUAUAUUUCAUAUGUCUGAAUUUAUUGUAGGCUUCUAAUAGAAAAACUGUGUCCUUUUUUUUAAGAGAGAGAGAGAGAGAGAGAGAGAGAGAGAGAGAGAAUGAAUAUGAAUCUUUUUUGUAGAUGGACACAACAUGAUGCCUUUAUUUUAUUUUAUUUUUUUAAUGUGGUGCUGAGAAUCGAACCCAGGUCCUGCCCAUGCUAGGCGAGCACUCUACUGCUGAGCCACAAUCCCAGCUCAAAAAACUAUGUUCUUAAAUUAACAUAUUACAGUUUUUAUUUUUGUUGUUUGGGUGUGGGUGUGUGUAUGUUACUGGGGAUUAAACCCAGGGGCGCUCUACCACUGAGCUACAUUCCCAGCUGUUUUUAUUUGAAACUGACUUUCUAAGUUGCUCAGGCUAGCCUUGUACUUGCAAACCAGAAUUAUCUCAACGUUAUCCAUGGUGUGGUUGACUCUGAGGACCUGCCUCUGAACAUCUCCCAAGAAAAUGCUCCAGCAGAGCAAAAUCUUGAAAGUCAUUCACAAAGACAUUGUUAAAAUUUGCCUUGAGCUUUUUUCUGAGCUGGCACAAAAUAAAGAAAACUACAGGGAAAAAAAUGUCAGAGGCAUUCUCUUAAACUCUCUAAAACCUGGAAGCUCUGAGGACGCCCAAUAACUACUGAUGCCUUUCUGAGCUGCUUGACUAUCAUACCUCCAAUUCACCCCAGUCAGAAUGACAAUCAUCAAGAAUACAAGAAACAAAAAAUGUUGGCAAGGAUGUGGAGGGAAAGGGAAAAGGUACACUCAGACAUUGCUAGUGUGACUGCAAAUUGGUGCAAUCACUAUAGAAAGCAGUAUGGAAAUUUCCUAAGAAAACUUGGAAAGAAAUCACCAUUUGAUCCAGUUAUCACACUCCUCGGUCUAUAUCCAAAGGACUUAAAAUCAGCAUACUACAGUGAUACAGCUUAAUUCACAAUAUCUAAAUUAUGGAACCAACCUAGGUGCCCUUCAACAGAUGAAUGGAUAAAGAAAUUGUGAUAGAUAUUCCCAAUGAAAUAUUGCUCAGUCUCAAAGAAGAAUGAAAUUAUGGCAUUUGCCAGUAAAUACAAGGAUGUGGAGAAUAAUAUGCUAAGUGUAAUAAGUCAAUCCAAAGAACUAAAGGCCGAAUGUUUUCUCUGAUACGUGGAUGUUAAUUCACAAUAGGGGAGGGGACAGAGGUAUUUUGAACUAGACAAAGGGAGUGAAGGGGGUGAGGGGAUUUUGGGAGAGGAAUGAUAGUAGAAUGAAUCAGCCAUUAUUACUCCAUGAGCAUAUAUGAUUAUGUGACCUGUGUAACUCUAUAUAACAUACAACCAGAUGAAUGAGAAGUUAUACUCCACUUAUGUAUGAUGUGCCAAAUGCAUUCUGUCAUGUAUAAUUAAUCAGAACAAAUUAAAAAUAUGUAAAAAUGGUUAAGAUGAUAAAUUUUAAGUUAUAUAUUUUAUUAUAAAAAUUGUUUCAAAAGUUCAAAUUGGGUUAUGUGAUACCAUUAGCUUCCUUUACAAAAUGUUUUGUAUAUUUUUUGUACCAGAACAUGUGCAUUGUUGGAGUCUGUAAACAAGUCAAAAUAACACCUGGCAUUUUGCCAGGGGAAUGUUAGAGUUCGUAAACAAGUCUGGAUGGUGCCUGGCAAAAUGCCAGAGGGAGUGGUUUGAGAAGUAACAAAAGCGAGCCAUUAAGUGUGGAGAUUCCUUAUUGGUUGACUGAUGUAUCUAGUUUAUGCUAAUUAGAUAAGCUGUGUGGAAUGUAUAAAUACUGCUCCUGUCCUGCAAUAAACGGCUCCUAUUCCUGCUGUAUCAACGUACACAAGUUGUUCGUCACCCCCCAGUUAUUUUGCUGCAGCCGGACUGCGGCAGUGCAUCUUUUUCUUUUUUAGUGACUAUUUACUAGUACAGUCAUACCAUUAAUUAUUAAACAUGGCAAUUAAAAUAUUUCCAAUUUUUUUUUUCACAAUUGCCAA